GCCGCCGCCUGGGCCGAGGCAGCCAUGCUGCCCUCGCAGGAGGCCUCCAAGCUCUAUCACGAGCACUACAUGCGGAAUUCGCGGGCCAUCGGCGUGCUAUGGGCCAUCUUCACCAUCUGCUUCGCCAUCAUCAACGUGGUGGUCUUCAUCCAGCCCUACUGGGUGGGCGACAGCGUGAGCACCCCCAAGCCUGGCUACUUCGGCCUCUUCCACUACUGUGUGGGCAGCGGGCUGGCGGGUCGCGAGCUCACCUGCCGCGGCUCGUUCACCGACUUCAGCACCAUCCCGUCCGGCGCCUUCAAGGCGGCCGCCUUCUUCGUGCUGCUCUCCAUGGUGCUGAUCCUCGGCUGCAUUACCUGCUUUGCGCUUUUCUUCUUCUGCAACACGGCCACGGUCUACAAGAUCUGCGCCUGGAUGCAGCUCUUGGCAGCUCUGUGCCUCGUGCUGGGCUGCAUGAUCUUCCCCGACGGCUGGGACGCCGAGACGAUCCGGGACAUGUGCGGGGCCAAGACCGGGAAGUACUCCCUGGGGGACUGUUCGGUGCGCUGGGCGUACAUCCUGGCCAUUAUCGGCAUCCUCAACGCCCUCAUCCUCUCCUUCCUCGCCUUCGUGCUGGGCAACCGGCAAACAGACCUGCUUCAGGAAGAGCUCAAGCAGGACAACAAAGAUUUUGUGAGCUCCACAGUAAGCUCCGUGUUGCGGCCAGGGGGUGAUGUCUCCAGCUGGGGAGUCCUCCCCUGCCCCGUCGCUCAUUCACAGGGACCCUGAAGGCCAGGAUCACAGCCCAGGAACUGACCUGCCCUCUGCGUGUCCCAUCUUUUGCCCUCUCACCCUCCAUUCAAGCUAGGAGGGAGGAUCCCAAUCUCGGACUGACUUCUCACCUGCUACCCGCCUGCCAGCUCCAGACUUUGAAGAGAUGUUGGGGCUGGGUGUGGUCUGGGGGAGGGGAGAGGCUCUGUGCACCCUGGGAGGGCCUGACUUUGCCCCUCCCUCAACUGUCCUAAGGGAGCUGGACAUCCCUUGGGGUCCCCUCCCCUCUCCCCGCCUGGCCUGGGGGCUCUGCAGUCUUCAGGGGAAGGAGGCACUGUGAUUCUAGUACUCCAGGCUCCCUCAGGCUGGGAGCUGCUGCCUGGCUGUAUCCUUGCCUCCUCUGGUCCCCGCCUCCCGCAUAAACUUACUCAAGAUACUGCCCUAGGGCUACCAAACUCUUUCCUACUCUUUUCUUUUUCUUUUCUCUUUUCUUUUUUCUUUUCUUUCCCUUCCUUUCCUUUCCUUUCUUUCCUUCCCUUCCUUCUCCUUCCUUCCUUCCUUCCUUCUUUUUUGCCUACGAUGGUUCCAUCACAUCUUUGCAGAGCUCCAGGCCUCCCCAGGGCUGCUCUGCUUCCGCUCCAGGGUGCUCCCAGCUCUCCCAAAGGAGUCUGAGCUGCACCGAGGGAGAAAGCACAGGGCCUCCCUGUCAACUGGCGCCCUGUUCAGCCCAGAGCCUGAGAAAAGACAGACAGGCUCUGAGGCAACUGGAGGAGAUACUCGUACUCUGGGCAGCUGGGGCUUGCCUGGCCUCUCUGCUGGAAUGUCUCACCACUGACUGGACCCUUGACCCUGGCCUGUUUUGUACAGCACAGACUCCUUGGCCCUGUUGUUAGGGUUGGAGGUUGGGGAGGGGACCUAACAGUGGGGCAUUAGGGGAGAUAUUAUCCCCCUGCCUCUUCUCAUGCCACCUGACCCUGGCAUUUGCUAAGGGCAGAGACUGUCUUGCCUCUUUGAUACUUUUCUGCAUAACUUGAACUUGCAGGUCACCUCUGAACAGGGUACCCCCUGUCCCCGUCCCCAGGCCUUGUAACCCUGUCCCCACCUCUUCCUCCUCCUUGCCCACCUCUCGCCUUGGGAUAUGGCCAGGGUCUGUGGCCCAAUGGGCAAUGCUUCGAGCCGAGGCAUGAGUGUGUGUGUGUGUGUGUGUG